AUGGAAAGUGUCAAUCAGACCCUGCAGGUGACCGAGUUCUUGUUCCUGGGUUUCUCUGGCAUGCCCAGAGGACGCCCCUUCCUCUUUCUGCUGUUCCUGGCCAUCUACCUCAUCACCUUGAUGGCCAACUCAAUGAUAUUCGUCUUGAUCCAGGUGGAUUCACGCCUCCACAGUCCCAUGUACUAUUUCCUCAGCCAUCUGUCCUGCUUGGACAUUUGCUAUUCCUCGGUCACUCUCCCCACCAUCCUGGUGAACCUCCUGCGCCAGCAGCCCACCAUCUCCUACAAUGACUGCAUGGCCCAGAUGUUCUACCUCAUGAGCUUUGCGGGAACUGAAUCUGCAUUGCUGGCCGUGAUGGCCUACGACCGCUAUGCGGCCAUCUGUGAACCUUUGCGCUAUACUGAACUCAUGAGUACUAGGGUGCGAGUCCCUCUGGCUACAGCUUCUUGGAUCUGGGGCAUGGUUGACUCUGCCAUUCACACUGCACUGGCCACCGAUUUGGCCUUCUGUGGAAACAACCAGAUCCAUCACAUCUUCUGCGAUGUCCCUCCACUCUUGAAAAUUGCCUGCAGCGACACUUAUGUCAAUGAGAUGACUCUUCACAUAGCAAGCGCCUUUGUGGGUCUGAGCCCCUUCCUCCUCGUCAUCAUUUCAUACGUCUACAUCUUAUCUACAAUUCUGAAGAUCCGUUCCAGCACUGGAAGGAGAAAGACCUUCUCCACCUGUGCUGCCCACUUGACUACGGUCAUCGUCUACUUUGGGAUGAUCAACUUGAAUUACAACCGUCCCAGUGCGGGCUACUCCUUAGAGGUGGACACCUUGAUCUCCAUCUUAUAUUGUAUUGUCCCGCCCAUGCUGAACCCCCUAAUCUACAGCUUUCGAAACAAGGAGGUCAAAGGGGCCCUACAAAAACUUCUGCAAAUUCAGGAGAAAGAUGAUUGA